CCCGGGCAAGUUACUUGACCUUUCUGGGUCUUUAGUGUUCUCAUCUGUGACAUUGGGGUAAUUAUAGAAUGCAGUGCAUGGAGUUGCCGUGAGGACAUGUUUUAUAUACAUAGGUGUAUAGUUAGAACAGGCCUGCCACCUAGUAAGAAUGUAAGUGCUAACAGUUAUUAAGCCCGUGUCUGUAAGUGUGCGGGCAUCCUGUGUGCUCAGAAAAGUUUGUUUCUGGCUUCUGAUGAAGUCUGGGCCCCGGAGGGGGUGGUGGUGGGGAGGGCUGCGGUGACCAAGCCAGGUUGGUUGGAUCUGGCUCGCCUCUCACAUCCUCCGUGCUGUUCUUCAUCCCACUUCCUGCUCACCCUGUACCAGGGCUGGUCCAAUAGAUCUCCCUCUCCGUCUCUGCCCUGUCCUGCCCCGCACUGCCCUGCCCUGGGCUGGGGGCCAGGGGAUGUGCUUUGAUUGCCCAAAAGCUUUUCAGCAGAAUCAGAAUUCAUUGUCUGCCUGCCAGCACGCGGGGCCCUGCUCAGAUAGAAAUACCUGGACACUGUGCUCAGUUCUGGCUGCCCGGCCCAUGGACAGCACUGGCUUCAUCCUGUGACCUUGGAGAGUCACUGGGGUGGAAGAUGCUGGGGUUUGGGGGACGGGGUGGAGGGAAGUCCACAGGGCAGACGAGGUCUCGUCUCCAACCCGUGGAUUAGCCAGCCCAGACCGGCAGCGCUGGAGGCACAGCGUUUUCCAGGAGUCUGGGCGUCCCUGCUGUCCAGUGCAUCACAGUGGGCGCGACCUCCCUGCAUGGCGUUGGCUGUGUGCCGCGUCUUUGUCUACUCUGCGUCACGGCGCUGGUCUGCUGCGGGCAUAUGCUCUCCAGGGUUCCUGGGCCCAGCACCUCAGGACCGGGCCCCCGCAUCGCGUCCUGGCCCUACCCCGCAUCUCAGCCCUGCCCUGCAGGACCGUGCUGGGAUUCUGCAUUGCACUGGCUCUUCGGACCCUCCUGUGGCGGACACAUGCUUGCGGUGAAGUCAUGGAGCACCAGCCAUGUGCCUGGCCCUGCGCUGGUGUCUGGAGAGGGAGAAGAACCGGAAGAGGAACGGGAGACCCCCCAACCGUGGCGAGCCCCUGCGUGCCCGACUCUGCUGGGCGUGUCUCCCUGUGCUACUUCCCGUACUCUGCAUGACGACCUGGAGCGGUCCCUGCAGCAGGUGACACAGCAGAGCCCCCCAGAGUGGAGUCCCUGCUGCGGUGCAGCCGGCUGCACUUUCGAGGAGGUGAGUGACCCGGCAGUGCCCUGCGAGUACAGCCAGGCGCAGUAUGAUGACUUCCAGUGGGAGGAAGUGCACGUCCACCCUGGUACCCGGUCUCCGGAGGACCUGCCCCACGGCUCCUACUUGAUGGUCAAUGCUUCCCAGCAUGCUCCAGGCCAGAGGGCCCAUGUCAUCUUCCAGAGCCUGAGUGAGAAUGAUACCCACUGCGUGCAGUUCAGCUACUUCCUGUACAGCCGGGAUGGGCACAGCCCGGGCACCUUGGGCAUCUACGUGCGUGUCAAUGGGGGUCCCCUGGGCAGUGCCGUCUGGAAUAUGUCUGGAUCGCAUGGCCGUCAGUGGCACCAGGCUGAGCUGGCUGUCAGUACCUUCUGGCCCAAUGAAUAUCAGGUGCUGUUUGAGGCCCUCAUCUCCCCAGACCGCAGGGGCUACAUGGGCCUAGAUGACGUCCUGCUUCUCAGCUACCCCUGCGCGAAGGCCCCGCACUUCUCCCGCCUGGGCGAUGUGGAGGUCAACGCUGGCCAGAACGCCUCCUUCCAGUGCAUGGCAGCGGGCAGAGCAGCAGAGGCCGAGCGCUUUCUCCUGCAGCGGCAGAGCGGGGCGCUGGUGCCCGCCGCCGGCGUGCGGCACAUCAGCCACCGGCGCUUCCUGGCUACCUUCGUGCUGGCCUCCGUGAGCCGCUCGGAGCAGGACCUGUACCGUUGCGUGUCCCAGGCCCCGCGAGGCGCGGGCGUCUCCAACUUCGCAGAGCUCAUUGUCAAGGAGCCCCCCACCCCUAUCGCGCCCCCACAGCUGCUGCGCGCAGGGCCCACCUACCUCAUCAUCCAGCUCAACACCAACUCCAUCAUUGGCGACGGGCCGAUCGUGCGCAAGGAGAUUGAGUACCGCAUGUCCCGCGGCCCGUGGGCCGAGGUGCACGCCGUCAGCCUGCAGACCUACAAGCUGUGGCAUCUUGACCCGGACACCGAGUACGAGAUCAGCGUGCUGCUCACGCGCCCUGGAGACGGUGGUACUGGCCGCCCUGGGCCGCCCCUCAUCAGCCGCACCAAGUGCGCAGAACCCAUGAGGGCCCCCAAAGGCCUGGCUUUCGCUGAGAUCCAGGCCCGCCAGCUGACCCUGCAGUGGGAACCUCUGGGCUACAACGUGACACGUUGCCACACGUACGCGGUGUCCCUGUGCUAUCACUACACGCUGGGCAGCAGCCACAACCAGACCGUCCGGGAGUGUGUGAAGAUGGAGCGGGGCGUCAGCCGCUACACCAUCAAGAACCUGCUGCCUUACCGGAACGUUCACGUGCGGCUCAUCCUCACUAACCCCGAGGGGCGCAAGGAGGGCAAGGAGGUCACUUUCCAGACUGACGAGGAUGUGCCUGGCGGGAUUGCGGCCGAGUCCCUGACCUUUACUCCCCUAGAGGACAUGAUCUUCCUCAAGUGGGAGGAGCCCCAGGAACCCAAUGGCCUCAUCACUCAGUAUGAGAUCAGCUACCAGAGCAUCGAGUCCUCAGACCCGGCGGUGAACGUGCCGGGCCCACGACGUACUAUCUCCAAGCUCCGCAAUGAGACCUACCACGUCUUCUCCAGCCUGCACCCAGGCACCACCUACCUGUUCUCCGUGCGGGCCCGCACAGGCAAAGGCUUUGGCCAGGCAGCACUCACCGAGAUCACCACCAACAUCUCAGCUCCCAGCUUUGAUUAUGCCGACAUGCCGUCACCCCUGGGCGAGUCUGAGAACACCAUCACCGUUCUGCUGAGGCCUGCACAGGGCCGCGGCGCGCCCAUCAGCGUGUACCAGGUGAUCGUGGAGGAGGAGCGCGGGCGGAGGCUGCGUCGGGAGCCGGGCAGCCAGGACUGCUUCCCCGUGCCCUUGACCUUUGACGCUGCACUGGCCCGCGGCCUGGUGCACUACUUCGGGGCAGAACUGGCGGCCAGCAGUCUGCCCGAAGCCAUGCCCUUCACGGUGGGUGACAACCAGACCUAUCGCGGCUUCUGGAACCCGCCGCUUGAGCCGAGGAAGGCCUACCUCAUCUACUUCCAGGCAGCAAGCCACCUGAAGGGGGAGACCCGGCUGAAUUGCAUCCGCAUUGCCAGGAAAGCUGCCUGUAAGGAAAGCAAGCGACCCCUGGAGGUGUCCCAGAGAUCAGAGGAGAUGGGGCUCAUCCUGGGCAUCUGUGCGGGGGGACUUGCUGUCCUCAUCCUUCUCCUGGGGGCCAUCAUUAUCAUCAUCCGUAAGGGGAAGCCGGUGAACAUGACCAAGGCUACUGUCAACUACCGCCAGGAGAAGACCCACAUGAUGAGUGCCGUGGACCGGAGCUUCACGGACCAGAGCACCCUGCAGGAGGACGAGCGGCUGGGCCUCUCCUUCAUGGACACCCAUGGCUAUAGCCCCCGAGGAGACCAGCGCAGUGGUGGGGUCACUGAGGCCAGCAGCCUGCUGGGGGGCUCACCGCGGCGUCCCUGCGGCCGGAAGGGCUCCCCGUAUCACACGGGGCAGCUGCAUCCCGCGGUGCGCGUGGCCGACCUCCUGCAGCACAUCAACCAGAUGAAGACAGCCGAGGGCUAUGGCUUCAAGCAGGAGUACGAGAGUUUCUUUGAAGGCUGGGAUGCCACAAAGAAGAAAGACAAGGUCAAGGGCAGCCGGCAAGAGCCCAUGCCUGCCUAUGAUCGGCACCGAGUGAAACUGCCCCCGAUGAUGGGAGGCCCCGAUGCCGACUACAUUAACGCCAACUACAUAGACGGUUACCACAGGUCAAACCACUUCAUAGCCACUCAAGGGCCGAAGCCCGAGAUGGUCUACGACUUCUGGCGCAUGGUGUGGCAGGAGCACUGUUCCAGCAUUGUCAUGAUCACCAAGCUGGUGGAGGUGGGCAGGGUGAAAUGCUCACGGUACUGGCCGGAGGACUCAGACAUGUACGGGGACAUCAAGAUCACACUGGUGAAGACGGAGACUCUAGCUGAAUAUGUCGUGCGCACCUUCGCCCUGGAGCGGAGAGGGUACUCUGCCCGGCAUGAGGUCCGUCAAUUCCACUUCACCGCGUGGCCGGAACACGGCGUCCCCUACCACGCCACGGGGCUGCUGGCCUUUAUCCGGCGCGUGAAGGCCUCUACCCCGCCUGACGCCGGGCCCGUUGUCAUCCACUGCAGCGCGGGCACUGGCCGCACAGGCUGCUACAUUGUUCUGGAUGUGAUGCUGGACAUGGCGGAGUGUGAGGGCGUCGUGGACAUUUACAACUGCGUGAAGACCCUCUGCUCCCGGCGCGUCAACAUGAUCCAGACGGAGGAGCAGUACAUCUUCAUUCACGAUGCAAUCCUGGAGGCCUGCCUGUGUGGAGAGACCACCAUCCCUGUCAGCGAGUUCAAGGCCACCUACAAGGAGAUGAUCCGCAUUGAUCCUCAGAGUAAUUCCUCCCAGCUGCGGGAAGAGUUCCAGACACUGAACUCGGUCACACCGCCCCUGGAUAUGGAAGAGUGCAGCAUUGCCCUGCUACCCCGGAACCGGGACAAGAACCGCAGCAUGGACGUCCUGCCGCCCGACCGCUGCCUGCCUUUCCUCAUCUCUACCGACGGGGACCCUAACAACUAUAUCAACGCGGCUCUGACGGACAGCUACACACGGAGCGCAGCCUUCAUCGUGACCUUGCACCCGCUGCAGAGCACCACGCCUGACUUCUGGCGGCUCGUCUACGACUACGGCUGCACCUCCAUCGUCAUGCUUAACCAGCUGCACCAGUCCGACACCGCCUGGCCCUGUCUGCAGUACUGGCCAGAGCCGGGCCGGCAGCAGUACGGCCUCAUGGAGGUGGAGUUUGUGUCAGGCUCUGUGGACGAAGACUUGGUGGCCCGUGUCUUCCGGGUGCAGAACAUCUCGCGGCUGCAGGAGGGGCACCUGCUGGUGCGGCAUUUCCAGUUCCUGCGCUGGUCUGCCUACCGGGACACGCCUGACUCCAAGAAGGCCUUCCUGCACCUGCUGGCCGAGGUGGACAAGUGGCAGGCGGAGAGUGGGGACGGGCGCACUGUCGUGCACUGCCUGAACGGGGGCGGCCGCAGUGGCACCUUCUGCGCCUGUGCCACAGUCCUGGAGAUGAUCCGCUGCCACAGCCUGGUGGAUGUUUUCUUUGCUGCCAAAACGCUUAGGAACUACAAGCCCAAUAUGGUGGAAACCCUGGAUCAGUACCACUUUUGCUAUGAUGUGGUGCUGGAGUACCUGGAGGGGCUGGAGUCAAGAUAG